AUGUACGAAUUACUUGAUGGUGAACAAAUUGAACUGAUAGCUGAGUGCUUCCUGACGAUAUUCCAACAAGAGUUCUUCUCGCGAAAACCACUCACAGACGAUUUCACUCCAACGCCUGAAACAUUCGAUCAGAUAUUCAAUGAUCCAAUCUAUGUGAUAUUCCGAAGUUUUUGUUUACUGCCAGAUGAGGAUGCAGUACGGCAGCCGAUGUUGUCGUUGAUUAGUGAAAUGAGAGAAAGUGAAAUUCGAAUGCGAAUAAUUCAAGUUGUGGUGCUGUUAUCCUUGGAUGUGUUAUUCGAAAAUAGAACCGAUGAAAUGAAACAAAAUUGGGCAUUCAUGAAAGUUGCGGAAUUCGCAUGG